UAAGACACCAAGAUUUUGAAACAAUAAUAAUAAGGUACACUUUAAAUUGCCAAUUUUUCAAACCUAUGUACACUAAAAUCCCUGGCCCCACCACCUCCUCUUUCACAAUUUUUUUCCUUAUUCUUUUUUAAAAUGAUUAAAUUAUAGCUUCCCCUUACCAGUAUAUAUAUAAUGAGAUCAUCUCCCCCACCAAUACCAUCAAGACACCCCUUCAAGAGACCUUACAUAUAAUUGUCUCUUCCAAAAUUAAACCCCAUAAUAAUAUUUCUUCUCUCUCUUUUUUCUCUAGAAAAUGGCAAAGUCAGAUCCCCUCAUCAUUGGAAGAGUAGUUGGGGAUGUCAUAGACCAUUUCAACCCAAGUGUGAGAAUGUGUGUCACUUACAAUAACAAGCAAGUUUACAAUGGUCAUGAACUCUUCCCUUCUUCUGUCACCCUUAAGCCUAGGAUUCAAGUUCUUGAUGGUGACUUGAAAUCAUUUUUUACCUUGAUCAUGACAGAUCCAGAUGUUCCAGGACCCAGUGAUCCUUACCUCAAAGAGCACCUUCACUGGAUAGUCACAGAUAUUCCAGGCACAACAGAUGCUACUUUUGGGAAAGAGAUAGUGACCUAUGAGUUACCGAGGCCGAACAUAGGCAUCCACAGGUUUGCGUUCAUCUUGUUCAGGCAGAACCGUAGGGGUACUGUCGACCCACCGUGCAGUCGAGAUCGAUUCUGCACCAAAAAAUUUGCUGAAGACAACCAACUUGGCCUUCCUGUUGCUGCUGUCUACUUCAAUUGCCAAAGGGAAACCGCUGCUCGAAGGCGCUAGCUGAAUAGUCUUCUUUGGACAUGAAGCCAAUGUGUUAUUCUAAUGUACCAAUUAUGCAGUAAUUUGGUUUAAAAUAAGAUUGCUCUUUACUUGGUUAGGGGGAGGAGUGUAAUGUUUGUGAUAUGAUAUAUGAGUGACCUAGCUAGCUAGAAGAAUACAGGAAGUGGUUUGUGUUAGUUAUUAGCUUCUGGUUGCAUGUUAGUUAAUGUAGCUUUGUUUUAUGCCUGUGCUUGAUAUCUACUAUGUGUACUAAUUUCAUAUCUUAUGAUCUUUCCAUAUUAGUACGAAGUAUAUACUCAUCAGUACUUGUGAUGUCGAUCUUGGAGCAAAAUUAUAAAAUUAGAUCUAUUCGUCAUUAGAUCAAUUCAUCAGAUGCAUCCAAUUGGUCGCUUGAUUAUAAAAUUGAUAUCAUUUUUUACUUUAAAUAACAACAAAAACCAAAAAAAAAAAAAAAAAAAA